AAAUUUUAAAAGAAAAAAAAACAGAGGAAGUACUUCCUUCCUACCAAACACACCCGAAGAGAGAGAAAAGAGAACUCGAGGAGCUCUCGUGUCCUUUCUCUUUCCCCCUCGAAUGUAGACGAAACCCUAGUUAUCUCCGUCUCUCCAACUCACAGUCUGCACGCGCACACAAAGCUUGUCCUUGUUCUUCUCUCCAUAUUUAGGGUUUCUGUUCGAUCUCUCUUUCCAUUUCCCGGAUCUUCGACACUUUCGGCUGUCUUUUGUAAUCGACCUAUAGAAAUAGAGAAGGAAAAGAAAUGUAUAGAGAUCGAGGUGGUGGGGUUUCUUCUGGAGCAUUGGAUCGGAAGCGAAUCAACGAUGCAUUAGAUAAGCAGUUGGAAAAGUCUUCAGCGUCUACAACGAGAGCGUUGAAGGACAAAGCUGUUCCCUCCACCUCUGCUGCUAAAUUGCAUCAGCGUCAUCAUAAUCAUCAUAUGGACACUCUCUCUUCCUCUACUCUCACCACAAAAAACAAGUGCUCCGAUGAGGAAUCUGAAUCAGACAGUGAAGAGUCUGAUGUUAGUGGUUCCGAUGGAGAUGACACAUCAUGGAUUUCUUGGUUUUGUAACCUGCGUGGGAAUGAGUUCUUCUGUGAGGUUGAUGAUGACUACAUUCAAGAUGAUUUUAACCUCUGUGGAUUGAGUGGUCAAGUUCCAUACUAUGACUAUGCACUUGACCUAAUCCUUGAUGUUGAAUCCUCUCAUGGUGAUAUGUUCACUGAGGAGCAAAAUGAAUUGGUUGAAUCAGCAGCAGAGAUGCUGUAUGGCUUGAUCCACGUCCGGUAUAUUUUGACUAGCAAGGGGAUGGCUGCAAUGUUGGAGAAGUACAAGAACUACGACUUUGGGAGAUGCCCACGAGUUUAUUGCAGUGGACAGCCUUGUCUACCAGUUGGUCAGUCUGAUAUUCCACGCUCAAGUACCGUAAAAAUUUACUGUCCAAAAUGUGAAGAUAUCUACUAUCCACGAUCAAAGUACCAAGGCAAUAUUGAUGGAGCUUACUUUGGGACAACAUUUCCUCACCUCUUUUUGAUGACUUCUGGACACCUGAAGCCGCAAAAGCCUACACAGAAUUAUGUUCCAAGGGUCUUCGGUUUUAAGAUCCACAGGACUUGAUAUGGAAGGUCCUCUGUGAAAUGUGAUAAGAUUAAAAUAGUUUAUUCCAGUAGAUAGUUCUCACCUGGCAUUUAUGUAUAAUUCUUCAUGGUAGAACCUGGUAAUGUUGGGUUGUUAAUGUCCAAAUCGUUUCAUUGAUUGGAAAAGUAACUGUCGCCAGCCAAUCUUUCAAGUGAAAUUUCCCCCCUAAAUUUCUCUUGUAUUCUUAAUUUCUUCCAGUUCUAUUGAUAUCUGUCUUUUCAUGUA